AUGCCAGCUAUCCUGACUGUCCAGCCACGAGAAGCUAGACAUCAGAGCGCUCAGUGCCUCCUGCACUUGGUCAACUCGUUGGUGUUUUUGGCGAUGCUGUCGGCGGCGUGGCAUUGUAGCAGCUAUGCGUCCAAGGGGUUGUUCGGCGCAAGGCCAGGAGCGUUUCUCGGCCGAAGGGAUCUCGGAGCGCAGGGAACUUCGAGCCACGACAAGUUUAAUGCCUCGGUUGUCUUCUUCGCCUUCGGCAUCACGAGUGCUGUGACGUUCAGGGCGUUUCGCAGGAUGGAGCAGGCGGCGCUGCCUGCGGUAGUUAGUGACGACCUCGGAGCUUACAUUAAGGCAGAGGCAACCUGGGCGGCGACCGAGCUCAAGAAUGCUCGAUUGGCUGUCCUGUUAACAUGCCACUCGUCCUCCGUUGCGGCCUUGAUUUGCAUCUCCCGCCCCUGGCUCCUGGUGCUCUGCUCCGAGGACGACGACAGCUGUUAUAUCGCUUACCAGCUGGUUGUGCCAGUGUUGGAACUUGGAGCUGUCAUGGUGGAGAUCAUCUCUCUUUUCUCUUUGCUGGGCGUUUUCAGCUUGAAACCACCUGAUAUUCGGGUAGCACCACAGCCAGGUCGCCGUGCAGGAAGUGCGAGACUGACGACUCGUGUGGAUACUCUCACCGAAGCAUGGUGGGCCACUGCGCGGGAGCUGGCUUCAAGGAGCGUGUCCCUGGAGCAGCUUCUCCGUUUCUGGGGCGAGCUCGGCAGUGAAGGACUCAUGCCGCACUACGACACGGAGCGUUCGACUACCAACGAUGUGGUUCGACAGGCUAUCAUUCCCAAGUCGCGCAGACCCAAUGGUGGUGGAGACUGCUUGGCGAAGGUGUUCCAGGAAGGCGGCGAAGUGAUCCCUCCAAAAGCGAUGGUGACGCAUUCUUGGCGCAACAACUUCAGAGACUUAGUAGCUGCAAUCAUAGCCGAUGCGGGCAAGAAGGACGAGUACUGGCGCAUUGCGGCCAAGCUCCAAGGCAGCCCCGUGGAUGCUGCCAGGCAAGUGGAUAAACUCCUGUGGAAGCUGCAUGGAAACGAGCAUCGCUACUGGAUUUGCGCCUUCUGUGUCAACCAACAUGCCAGCAUUUGUGGUGGCUAUGCAGAUCCCCCAUCCAUUUCAGAUGCCAGCGCAUACAAGAGGUGGUGGGAAUCUCGUUACGAUACCGUGACGGAGCAGCCUUUGCCGAUCUGCAGCUGCAGCCAGCCCAAGCUCUUCAGCAACAAGGAUUCAGCCCGGUGCGAGCUCAACAAGUUUGAUGACAUGAUGACGGUCCUUCAUGAUACGGUGCUCGGCUUUCGGCAAGUUGUGGCCGUGGACCGUCAACUUGAUGUCUUCAAUCGCGCCUGGUGCGUCGCAGAACUCGUCGAGGCGAGCCGAUUGGACAUGCAGCAGGUCAUCCAGGUGCACAGCACAUCAGAGCUUGAUAUCUACUCCGGCGACACGGAAGCCUAUGCCACCCUGGCGACGCUCUCCGUGCAGGAUUGUUGUGCCUCCAGGCCAGAAGACAAGGAGGAUAUCUUGGCAAGGAUUGGACACUUGGCCUCAGAGUUCCAUGGGCCGAUCAAACUGCUGUCCUUGCAUGAACCACUUGGAUUGACAGACUUCAGAUUGACCCAACAGAAUGCCGUCAUCUUUGGGCAUCAAGCAGACAUGCUGCGUAGCACUAGGUGA